AUGAAGUUCAAUCUCAUUGCCCUCGCCUCGCUGGCUGCCCUGGCCGUUGCCCAGGAUGCUACCACCUCCGGAGCCACUUCGACUUCAUCGUUGUCUCCCGAGGCGUCUUGCGCUGCCAAGUGUGACAACGACGUCUGCUGCACCGCUCAGUGCUACCAUGUCCCCUGCCCGAAUGGCGAGAUGGCGAACAACACAAACCAAUGUGUCGCUGCUUGCCCUCAGGGCAGCGGUACCCCCAGCGACACGCAGAAGUAUAUCGACUGUCAGUCGCGCUGCUUCGCGUCGGACUUCUUCCCCGCGACGGAGCCUGGAGCCAAGAGCACGGCCACGGCUACUGACGCCGGCACUGCCACCGCAGUGGUGAAAGAUACCUCUGCCACUGCCACUGGCAACGGCAAAUCGGAGAAGGAUUCCGCCUCUACGAGCUCCGACUCUUCGUCCAGCACCGCUACCAGCACUGCUUCUAGCUCAAGCACCUCCCAGACCGGCGCUGCCAGCCAGGUUCAGCUGGGUGCUUCUGCAGCUGGUCUGUUUGGCUUGGUCCUGGCUGCGUUUGUUCUGUGA